UCCUGGACCGGUUACCGGACCGCCGGCGCGCAUGCUCCGAUGUGGGGCCGGAGUCCGGGGAGUUGGUGUGGUGAUUUGCGAUGAGUUCCGACGCUGUUCACUCUCGACUCGACGACGACUUAUUUGAUUCGAUCCUGCUGGCCGAUGACGAAUUUCGUGGGAAAGGAUAUCGAGAAGGAUUUAUUGAAGGAGGUCAAUUGGGAGAAACUGAGGGACAGAGAUAUGGGUUAGCAAAUGGUGCGAAAAUUGGAUCUGAGGUUUCCUUUUACAGAGGCUUUGCAAUUACCUGGAAGUGUCUUCUUCAGAAUAACGAAGAUGUUAAAAAGGGUAAAAAGCUGAAAGCCCUAAAUUCAAUACUGGAGAUGGCUCACAGUUUUCCUUAUGAAGAUCCUACCAAUGAGGGGUUGCAAGGUGACUUGGAGAAGAUGAGGGCCAAGUUUAAACAGCUGGAGCACCUGCAACUGUGAGCACACAGUCACGAGGGGAACAUGCAAGCUCCUUAAAGACAGCACCAGAAUUGAGCUCCAAAUUCUGUCGUAAGUUCCUUAACUCAUAUGCACUCCAAUAUUAAACACUCGGUAUUUCCAUCUCCAUAAUACUGCCUGUCUGUACCAUUUUAACCCUCUGCUAUUGCCUCCACAGCUCCAAUAUUAGCAGAUGGCAGCUCCACUGUGUUGUGUAAAAGAUACUCAUGCACCAGUUGGCCCCGUGGUUGCACAGGAAUUGUCAGCUUCAAAGGAAAUUGGACCAAGUAAUGCAGAAGUCAUUUGAUUUUGGCUUUAAUUUUAGAUAAUUGAUUUCUACAGAUUAUUAAGUAGCAAAGAACAAAGAAAUUUGGGAAGUACAAAAGAGCUGGAUGACACCAAGCUGAAGCACAAGGCUCCACUACAAGUGGUAUUAGUAUUGGUUUAGUAUUUUCCCAUGUAUUAAGAUACAGUAAAAAGUUUGCCUUGAAUAUACUGCUUAUAUAGAUCAAACCAAUACACAAUACAUUGAACUAGAAGAAGAUAAAACACUAACAAUGCAAAAUAAAAUGUCAAAGCUACCGAAAAAGUGGAGUGCGGGUAAAUUUUUAGAGCAAGAUCAUAAUGAGAUAUAUUGUGGGGCCAAGGGUUGACUUAAUCGUACAAGAGGUCGGUUCAUGAGUCUGAUAACAGUCGGGUAGAAGCUGUCCUUGAGCCUGGAGGUACGUACUUUCAGGCUUUUGUAUCUUCUGUCCGAUGGCAGAUGGGAGAAGAGAGAAUAUCCAGCAGGGGUGUGGUCUUUAUGCUGGAUGCUUUACUGAGAGAGUGAGAAGGUGGGAGCCUGUCAAAGUCCAAAUCAACAUCCCUGUCGCGAGAGGUGGAAACGGGUAAGGCCGACUACACAGUUCUAGUGAAGCUGAAUAGGCCAAUCCCCUCUAUAGUUGAUAAAAUGGAUUACAGAAACAUUGAUGAACUCUACCAUACUAUGGACUUUGGAUGAUGGCUGUCAAUGGCCCUCACACAUGGACCCAGGAAGAAUUAUUUAUUUAUUUGAGCCACACCACCCAGCAAUCCACUAAUUUAAUUCUAGCCUAAUCAUGACCAAUUAACCUACCAACCGGUACACCUUCGUAUUGUGGGAGAAUACUGGAGCACCCCGAGGAAACCCACGUGGUCACGGAGAAUGUAUGAACCCUCUACAAGCGGUGGUGGGAAUUGAACCCAGGUCACCUGUACUGUAAAGUGUUGUGCUCACUACUACACUACCAUGCCACCCUAGGAGAAGAAGUGAAGAUGGGAGUGUGUGCGUACAAGAUGAAACACUUGACAUGGACAUUUCCUCUGAAAACUAUUAACGCUGUACUGGAAGUUUUGAAAGGAAUUACGUGCUGACGUACUUAUGUGGAUUAAAUAAAGCAUUUUAUCCUGGUGUACUUUAAAGACUCUAUGAUAAGGCUUUCUCAUCAAUUUAAACUUGUUCAGUAUUCACCUACACUACCAAUAAUAGAUUGAGAUACUUGACUCUCCCUCACCUUGGACAGUCCCUCAAGAUCAAGAUUGAUUUGCUUACGCAUAAUUUACAUAGUACAGCAUGGAAACAGGUCCUUUGACCCAUGAUCUUGCACCAAAACUAAUUAAAUGCCUAACUAAACACUAAUCUGUUCUGUCUACACAAUAUCGAUAUCCCUCCAUUCUCUGAACGUUGAUGUGCUCUUAGCCACCACUAUUGUAUUGGCCUCCAUCACCACCCAUGCAGGGCAUUCCAAGCACCCCAUCACUCCUUAUACAUAAGACUUGCCCUGCACAUCUUCUUUGAACUUGCCCCUCUCACCUUAAAUGCAUGCUGUUUAGUACUGGACAUUUUGACUCUAGGACAAAGGUACUGACUGUGUUUUAUUCCUUUCAUUGUCUUGUAAAUGUCUAUAAGGUCUUCCCUCAGCCUCUGAAAACAACCCAAGUUUGAUUAACCUUUCCUUCUGGCACAUGCCCUUUAACCUGGACAGCAUCCUGUUAAACGUGGGCUGUUUUUUUUUCAUUCUAUGAGCACAGAGACUGAUCUGCUGAGCAAAUCCCAUUAACCUGCAUUUCACAACUUUUCAGUUGCUAUCUUUCAUUCUCCCUAUAAUAGCCCUUACUUCAUAGCCUUUGUUUAUUUUUUUCUCUCUAUUCACUCCUAUUAACCCUCACAGUUUAUCCACUGGCGGCACGUUACCAGGGAUCUUUCUUUCAGCCCAUCAGUUCCUCUCCACCUUCUCUGCAAGUUCAGUCUAGUAUUCUCCUUAUCCCAGCUCCAACAAAGAAUCUUUGACCUGAGUCCAUAACCGUUUCCCUUUCCAUAAGUGCAACCUGAGUGCUUCAAGUUGCUUCAUGGCCUCGUCUGGAAACUCCAAUAACCAGGAAAAACAGGCUACAGAAUGGGGUGGAUAGAGGCCAGUCCAUCGCAGGCAAUCCUCCCCACAAUGACUCCAUUUACAUGCAACACUGCUAUAAGAAAACAGCAUCCAUCAGCAAGGGCCUCAACAUCUAGGGCAUGCUCUCUUCUUGCCACUACCGUCGUACAGGAGGUAUGAAGCCUUAGGUCCCACACCUCCAGGUUCAAGAACAGUUAUUACCCUACUGACUCCUCAACCAGCAUGCAUAACUUCACUCACCAUUACUCUGAAUUGAUUCUACGACCUACAGACUCACUUUCAAGGACUCUUUAUAACUCAUAUUCUUGAUGAUUUUUUUUUUAUUUGCAUAGUUUGUAUUCUUGGUAGUUUUUCAUUUGAUAAUAUAUAGUUUUUUUAAUAAAUUCUAUCAUAUUUCUUUUAUUUUCCUGUAAUUCCCUGCAAGGAAAUGAAUCUUAAAGUAGUAUACAGUAAUAACUCUACAGCUCAGCACUAUUUAUAAAUUUAUUAUCUUUUGUUGUAAUUGCACAGUUCAUCUUCUUUUGCGCAUUAGUUGUCUUCAAUGUGUGUAGUUUUUCAUUGGUUCUAUUGUGAACAUCUGCAGAAGAAUGAGUCUUAGGGUAGUGUAUGGUAUUUACUUUGAUAAUAAAUUCACUUUGAACUUUGAACUGUUUUUAACCAGAAUGCAGCUUCAUUCAAAAUCCACUGGGUGGCAAUGCAGAAUAAGUCUUUCCAGUGAAGUGGAUCUCCAAACGGGAUUAGGAAUGGAGUGUCAAUCUGCUGCCUGGCCUGCUGGUGAAGGUCACAUUUCCACUCCUGCAGAAAAAACAGCACUCCCCAGCCCUCCUGCCUGUCUUAUCCC